AUGACCUCCCUCAUGGCUUUGCUCAGUCUAGGGCUGAGUGUGGGCUCCAGCACCCCAGUUCAGGCAGGGACCCUCCCCAGACCCUCGCUCUGGGCUGAGCCAGACUAUUUGGUUCCCUGGGGGAGCUCAGUGACCCUCCGGUGUCAGGGGACCUUGGAGGCCCAGGAGUUCUAUCUGAAUAAAACAAGAAUCUCAUCACCCUGGGAUAUGCAGUUCUCAAUGGAGCAUGGGGACACGGCCAAGUUCUCUGUCCCCUACAUCACAGAAGCACAUGCAGGGACUUACUCCUGUUCCUAUAAAAGCCACGCUGACUUCUCAGGGUACAGUAACCCGCUGGAGCUGGUGGUCACGGGACUUUAUAGCAAACCGUCCCUCUCAGUCCUGCCAAGCCCUGUUGUGGCAUCGGGGGGUAACGUGACCCUCCAGUGUGGCUCACACCAUGGAUUCAACACAUUUGUCCUGACUCAGGAAGGACACCCUGAGACCUCCUGGAUUUACUCACAAUUCCCCAGUGGGCAGUACAAGGCCCUGUUUCAUGUGGGCCCCAUGAAGCCUGGCCGCAGGUGGUCUUUCCAGUGUUACAGCUUUUUCUCACACAUACCCCAGCUGUGGUCUCACCCCAGCGAUCCGCUGCAGCUCCUUGUCUCAGCCUCCCAGCCCCGAGACUACACUAUGGAGAAUCUCAUCAGGUUGGGCAUGGCUGGCUUCAUCCUGCUAGUCCUCGGGAUCCUGUUGUUGGAGGCUUGGACAACAGAGACGGAAGUGACUCACCACGAGAACAACUACCGCCCUUGCGGGGAGGACACAGCAGGACCAGCCCUCCAUGUCUGCCCUGUGGGCAAUGAGUCCCUCCAGGGCACGACUGGGAUAAGAGGAUAUGCCAUGACCCCCUUGAUGGCCCUGUUCUGUCUGGGAUUGAGUGUGGGCACUGGACUCCUUGGGCAGGCAGGCACCCUUCCCAGACCUACCCUCUGGACUGAGCCAGGCUCUGUGGUUCCCUGGCAGAGUUCUGUGACCCUCUGGUGUCGGGGGACUCUGGGGACCAAGGAGUUCCAUCUGAUAAAAGAGGAAAGCUCAGAGAUCUGGGACAAACAGCUCCCACUGGAGCCGGGGGACAAGGCCAAGUUCUCUGUCCCCUUAAUGACUGCCACCUAUGCAGGGACAUACCGCUGUUACUAUCUCAGCCUUGUCGGCUCGUCAGAUCACAGCGACCCUCUGGAGCUGGUGGUCACAGGAAACUACAUCAAACCAUCUCUCUCAGCCCUGCCGAGCCCUGUCGUGGCCUCAGGUGAGACUGUGACUCUCCAGUGUGGCUCAGAGCAGGAAUUCGACAGUUUCAUCCUGACUCAGGAGGGAGACCCAGAGACUCCACAGUCUUUCAACUCAUACAAUCUCAGCAUUGGGCAGCGCCAGGCCCUGUUCUCUGUGGGCCCCGUUUUGCCCGGCCGCAGGUGGUCGUUCCAGUGUUACGGCCAUUACUCAAACACACCUCAGCUGUGGUCUCACCCCAGCGACACACUACAGCUCCUGGUCUCAGGUUCUCAAGGGUCCCUGAACCUCCUUAUUUGUGUCACUGUCAUCUCUGUGGUUCUGCUCACCCUCCUCCUGUUCCUCAUCCUCUAUCGCCAACCUACUUGUAGCUGA